CAAGAUUCUCGUCGUACCAUACGACCUGUUCACCCUCUAUUUGGCAAAGACAAUAGAGAUGAUGGCCCAUUUCUUCAUCUUAGGGGUUUUGAUCGCCACUGUGGUCUCUUUACCCAUUGGCGUGCCUCCUCCUGGCGUACAUAGAGGCGAGAUUGGCAAGACGGUCAGUCCCGAAGACUAUACCCGUCUCUGGAAAUGGAUUACAUUUAGUUGGGUGAGGCCCCUCGUCAAAAGGGGUACAGGACGAACGAUGAGCGAGUCCGACGUCUGGGCGCUCUCGCCUACCCUGCAAUCUAAACCCCUCUUUAUGAAAUUCUCCACUUUCCUUCCCAAAGGACCCUCUCCCAUCACCAAAAAGCGUAUCUCGCUCCUCAAGAGGUUAUGGAAGGCCAACUCGCUCGACCUCAUCCUCGACUUUUCGCUCACCCUCACCUCUGUCGUGUGCAACUACCUCAGCCCAUUCUUCCUCAAGCAAAUCCUCGACGCUGUCUCGCAACCAGCCAACAAUUCCUCGGACAGUCCACACUUGAGCCUCAACAAUACCCCACCGAUAGAGCUAUUGCACCAUUACAUCCAACUGAUCCUCAACCCACGCGAGAUACGCGCACGUGCAUAUGUAUAUGCUAUCCUUGCAUUUUGUGCAUCGAUUAUUAAGGCGCAGUCGGACCUCCAGCACCUGUGGUACGGUCGACGUGCCAGUACCCGCAUUCGUAGCGAGCUCAUGGCGGCUAUAUACGACAAGAGUUUGAAGCGAAAAGAUUUUUCGGGAAGC